AUGCCCAAGUUUAGCAAAAGAAAUAAGGAAUAGGUGAGUAUAGAUAAAUUAAUGAAGAUGAAUUUUUAUCCAGUGUUACUAAAAAUAAAUUUUCUGUAGUUCAUUUCUUCCAUAAUGAUUUCGAAAGAUGUAAAAUUAUUGACAAUCAUUUAAUUUAAAUUGCCCAAAUACAUCCUGAGUGUAAAUUCUUCUAUUUAGAUGCAGAAAAAUCUCCCUUCUUCAUACAAAAGUUGGCUAUAAGAAUGCUCCCGACAAUCGUAUGUUUUAUCGAUGGGGUAGCGAAGGACAGAAUUAUUGGAUUUGAAGAACUUGGAGCCAAAGAUGACUUCAAAACUAUUGUUUUGGCAAGAAGAUUGGUUAAAAGUGGUGUUAUGGUACCUUAAAAUAAAGACGAAAAAGGUUUUUCUAUGA